CAGACCACCACUGAAGCGCGUAUAAGACCAAGUGAAGGUGUGGUCAUUUGGAUCAGCAUCAUGCCAAAGUUGAGUCCGUUCAGCUCUGUUCUCACAGAUACUCCUGUUUUUAGUUACAUUUGAAGUCUUCCAUUCAUGCUCAUGUCAAUCAUGCCAACAGAAGGCUGCGUAACGUCGCGUCUUUGCUCUCCUCGGAUCUGAUUCAUUUGGGGUUUCCGAUUGUCCCUUUUACGCACGAAGACACCACCAAGCACGGAGUUCCGGCGCGACUGUUUUAUGUCCAAUCUGGCUGUCUGAUCUUGUUGGACACGUAUCUCCAGUCUCAUCGAUGCGCUUUCCAUAUCAAUUGGCUCUUCUGCAUGGAUAAAACACGACCGGCCUUCUUCAUCUUGAAUAAUUCUGGAGAAGACGUGUAAAAGAACGCAGUCCAGCCAUGGCCAUGGUGGUGAGCGUGUGGAGAGAUCCGCAGGAGGAACUGGCACCGGCAGGAUCUCUGGAUGAUCAGAGCGGACCGGGGGGAGACCACCACAAUCACCACCGCCUGAGCGCAGCCGCGCACUCUCCAAACACCGGACUGCCUUCCGCGGAGGAUAAAGGACAGAACUCAGCGCAGAACCAGCAGCACAUUGAGUGCGCGGUUUGCGGGGAUAAAUCCAGCGGGAAGCACUACGGACAGUUCUCCUGUGAGGGAUGCAAAAGUUUCUUCAAGCGGAGCGUUCGGCGGAACUUAACGUACACGUGCCGUGCCAACAGAAGCUGCCCGGUGGACCAGCACCACAGGAACCAGUGCCAGUACUGCCGCCUGAAGAAAUGCCUGAAAGUGGGCAUGAGACGCGAAGCGGUUCAGCGUGGAAGAAUGCUGCCGAAUCAGCCGAACCCGAGCCAUUACGCGCUGACCCACGGAGACCCGCUGAGUGGCCAAUCUGGCGGCCCGUUUGCUCUUCAGUCCCACGGAGACCCGCUGAGUGGCCAAUGCUACCUGUCCGGAUACAUAUCCCUCCUGCUUCGGGCCGAGCCAUAUCCAGCCUCCAGAUACGGAAACCAUUGCAUGCAGUCGGGGAACAUCAUGGGCAUUGAGAACAUCUGCGAGCUGGCGGCCCGUUUGCUCUUCAGCGCGGUGGAAUGGGCGAGGAACAUCCCUUUCUUUCCUGAUCUCCAAAUCACGGAUCAGGUGUCUCUCCUCAGACUCACCUGGAGUGAACUUUUCGUUCUGAACGCUGCGCAGAGCUCCAUGCCUCUCCACGUGGCUCAUCUCCUCGCCGCCGCCGGGCUUCACGCGUCUCCGAUGUCCGCGGACCGAGUCGUGGCCUUCAUGGAUCAUAUCCGAUUCUUCCAAGAGCAGGUGGAGAAACUGAAGGCCCUGCAGGUGGACUCCGCCGAAUACAGCUGUGCCAAAGCAAUAGUGCUGUUCACAUCAGAUGCAUGCGGCCUUUCAGAUGUGCCGCACAUAGAAGGUCUUCAGGAGAAAUCUCAGUGUGCUCUGGAGGAGUAUGUGAGGAGUCAGUACCCGAACCAGCCCACACGCUUCGGCAAGCUGCUGCUGAGACUCCCCGCGCUCCGGAUGGUGUCCUCCUCCGUCAUAGAGCAGCUUUUCUUCGUUCGACUGGUGGGUAAAACGCCCAUUGAGACGCUCAUCAGGGAUAUGCUGCUAUCUGGGAGCGGUUUCAACUGGCCCUACAUGUCCAUUCAAUAAGAGGAAGAUGAAGAUGGGGACAUUUGGUGAGCAUUUACAGACAUAAAAAACUAAACAGUCACGGAUGAUGCAGAAACUCUCUCUCGAUGUCGGUUUAUAUAGCAAUGAUAUUCGUGAACAUGUGAAGAUAUCUUUACUCUCUUUCUCCUGAUCUCUACUUUUAACAGUCAACCGUGACAUGUGCCAUAAAAAGACUUUAUAAAAGAACUUUUGAUUGACGUAUUCAACAGUGUAAUUGUCCAUUUUAAAUGCAAAACGUCUUAAUUUAGUUUUUGGAACGAAGGGAUAUGCAUCGAUCCAAAAUAACAGAAAUAAUUGGUGUUACCCUAAAAACGUUCAACAAAAAUACACGUUUGUUUUAACUGAGAAGCGGAGACAAUGGAUUUAACAAUUAUUUAUUUAGCUGUAUUUAUUUUACUGCUCAUCAACUUCAUGUAUCGAAACAAUCAACCACAGCACUUAAGGUAUU